AUGUGUGCUCUUUAGCUUUAGCCGUUAGCUUAGCUUCAGGGAGGCUACAUUGUUAACGGGACAGAUGGCGAGUGUUGCGCCGAAUCGGCUCGCAGUUGAACCGACAGUGGUGCCUUAUUUAAGUCGCUGAGCUCAGUAGUUUAACUGUUUAUUAUGUUGGAUAAGGUUUGCGUUUCGGUGCGGACGGUUUGUGCUCGGUUAGACCGCUGUCUGCGAGUCGAUUUCUGGGCCUAGUAGCCAUCUAGCGCGACCAGCUAUUAACACUGUUCAAUGGAUACUCCUGAAAGCCCUAGGCAGUCUCCUCAGUCACCAGAGGAAGAGGAGGAGGAGGAGAAGGGCCUUUCUGACAGUGAGUUGCUGCAGUGUCCAGAUGAAGAGGACGAUAGGGUCGUCUCAGAUAGCGAGUUACUCCAAGAGGAGGAAAAUGGAGGUCUGUCUGAGGAGGAUAACACAAUGGAGGGCCGAGGAGGAGGCUUGGACCUGGAGGAUGAGGUAGUCCCUGACUUUGUCUCUGAUCCAGAGGAUGAGCAUCCUGUUGUAGAAACAGAAGGAAUGGGACAAGAUGAUGAGACCAUUGUACUAAUGGAGGGAGAUGAUGAUGUUCCUCAAGGGCAGCAGUUAGAUGAAGAUGAAGACAGAGUUAUCGACAUGCCACAGUCUCCUGACCUAGAGCCAGAGCAGGUCAAGUACUUCAACAACUCUGAAGAGGAUGGAGAGGAUGGAUAUGACGAUUAUAGGAAUGAUGUCUCCACCGCACAAGAAGCAACUGAAAUGGGUGACGAUGAGGAGGAAGAUGAAGAUAAAAACCUAGUUGAGGAGGAUGAAAUGAGAGCUGAAGAGAGGAGAAGAGCUGCGGCGGUGAGGGAGAUGAAAGAUGACUCUGCCUCAGUUUCCCGUGAGUUGGAUGAACAUGAGCUGGAUUAUGACGAAGAGGUGCCAGAAGAGCCCAGUAUCCCUGCGCACGACGAAGAGGAAGAUGAAGACGACACAAAGGGAGAUGCGGGAGAGGAGGAGGAGAGCAAAAAGGAGAUGAAACGAAUCCUUCCUCCAUCUCCGGGAGACAACGAGUCAAAGAGAACUGCUGAGUCAAAAGGACCUGAGAGGCUCCGCAGGGAUUCCUUCAGAGACAAGAAGAAGGAGGAAGAUGAUGGAGAGAUCGAUGAAGGAGAGAUUGACGAUGACGACUUGGAGGAGGGUGAAGUUAAAGAUCCCUCAGACAGGAAGAUCAGACCACGCCCCAUCUGCAGGUUUUUCAUCAAAGGAAACUGUACCUGGGGUAUGAACUGCAGGUUCAUCCAUCCCGGAGUCAACGACAAAGGAAACUAUUCUCUCAUCACUAAGCCGGACCCUUUUUCACCCAAUGGAGCGCCCCCUGGUGGACCGCACCCUCUCCUCCCCAACAACCCCUGGACGGCCCCCGCGGUGGAGGAACUCCCUCCACCUCCUCCCCCUGUGGAACCUCCUGUGGAGAGCGCCUGGGAACGAGGGCUGAGGCACGCUAAAGAGAUGCUGAAGAAGGCGACCAUCCGAAAGGAGCAGGAGCCAGACUUUGAGGAGAAACGGUUUAAUGUGACGAUUGGAGAGGACGAGCGAGAGUUUGACAAAGAGAACGAGUUCUUCAGAGAGCGAAGCUACCGCAUCAUCAGAGAUGAAGUGGACUUCAGAGAUCCUCUCUAUGGUGACGCCUACGCUGACCCGUACUACGACUAUGAAAUGGAGGCCUUGUGGCGGGGGGGUCAGUAUGAGAACUUCCGGGUUCAGUACACAGAAGCUCCUCUUCCCUACCACUUCGCUGAGCGAGAACGUGAGCUUCGAGAGCGCCAUCGAGAUCGCGAGCGAGAACGAGAUCACCGUGAGAGGGAGCGGCGGCAGCGUGAGAGGGAGAGAGAACGGGAGCGUGACAAGGAGAGGCUGAAACGGAAAGAAGAGUGGGAGAGGGAUCGGCUGAAGCGGGACGAGAAGGAGAGGCCAAGAAUCCGUCCUCCUCGAGAAGCCAGGGAGAAGAAGGAAGAGGAAAAGCUGAAACCACGUUCACCCCCCAACCUUCCUCCAAACAGGCUGUUGGAACCUCCCAUGAAGAAGGAGAUGGGUGGGGUUAUGAGGAGACCAGAUGAGUGGAAAGACCCGUGGCGCCGGUCCAAAUCUCCCAGGAGAAGAGCCGGGUUGGGGUCACCCCCACGAGGUCGCCGGCGACACCGGCCCUCUGGUUCCUCUGUGUCUUUGUCCAACUCCUCCAGGUCUUCAUCCCACUCUUCAUCCUACACGGGAUCCGGGUCAUCUCGUUCCCGCAGCCGCUCCUCAUCCUACUCCUCGUAUUCCAGCCACUCCUCUCAGCACAGCUCCUUCAGCGGCAGCCGCUCAAGAUCUCGAUCCUUCUCCACGUCACCGAGUCCGGCGGUACCGAGGGCUGCCAAGAACAAACCAGAACCUCCACCAGUGACGCCCAAAGGCAUGCCGCAGAAGCCCGGAGCGGCCCCCCCUCCUCGCAGAGACAAGCCACCGUUGAAGAAAGCUCCCAGUCCCCCUCUGCCCAGCGGUCCCCCCAGCCGGCCCCCCAAACCCCCAGUGGAGGGAGCAAAGCCUCCAACCAACCCCAGGGAGGUGGGUGGUGCAGGAGGCGGGGCAGGGGACCCCGGGGUGGGCAGGCCUCCUCCACCUCGGGAACCCGGGAGACCUGUGAACCCUCGAGAGGGCAGGCAGAAGGAACGCCAGCAGCAUCCCCCCCGCAGGAGAACAGUGAGCGGAAGCGGCAGUAGUUACACCGGUUCUAGCUCCAGGUCCAGAUCUUCAUCCAACUCCCUCUCACGCUCGCGCUCAGGAUCCAAAAAAUCCAGGAAAUCCAGGUCGCUGAGCGUGAGCAGCGUGUCAUCUGUAUCUUCAGCGUCCUCCAGCAGCAGCUCGGUGCGCAGUGCGGACUCUGAUGACAUGUACGCUGACCUGGCCAGCCCUGUUUCAUCAGCCAGCUCUCGCUCGCCCAUGCCAAAUCACCCCCGCAGAGAGCGAGUUUCUGCACGAAACCGGUCCCCGCUGGCGCGGGACAAGAUCAGGGAACGACCAUCAAAGAAAGAAGAGCCUUUCAGGGACGAUCGCAGGAAACCUGACCCAUCUGGGGGCCCGCCCAGAGGAGGGAACCCGGUGCCCCGGUCAGGCCCCGGUACCAGGGGAGGCAACCCUGUACACCCACGACCCGGUAACAUGGGCCCUCCUGGAAGCUACGGAGGUUCAGGUUCCCACAAAGACAUCAAACUCACCCUCCUCAACAAGCAACAGGGCGACAGAGGCAACAGGAAGCGGUACCUGCCUGCAGAUAAAGACCGGCCCAGCCCUCCUCUCAGCAAGAGAAUGGCCAUGUCUCCAGACAGAGGUCGUGAUAAAAGGAUUCUGGGCCGACCCCCACCAAACCCUCAGAUGGAUCGGCCCAGAGGUCAAGGCCCUCGACCCAUGCCCCCCCAGGCCGACAGGAAACGUCCUCUCUCUCCACCACCCAAAUCCUCUGGGAAAGGCCCGGCGAUGCCCUCGAACAAGCCGGCCGCUCUGCCCCCGGCGCCGGCUACCAGCUCUGCCUCUGGGUCCGCUAAAGCCAGCAACACGCUGUCUCGCCGAGAGGAGCUGCUGAAGCAGCUGAAGGCCGUGGAGGAUGCCAUCGCCCGGAAACGAGCAAAGAUUCCCACCAAAUAAAUCGCAGACUCGGCUGCUCGUUUGCACGGCAUCGCCUUCCGGCGGCCUGGGGUCGGGGGACGGAGUUCUUGUUUGUGUUUCAUCCAGACCUCCAGCAGCCGCCACCAGAACCACCCUGUGUCAACAAACAGAAACAGGAUGGAAAUCAGUGACUUUGGUUCCUCUGAAGCCUUCCUGUGUCUGAGCUGCAGCAGGUAACAAGAUGGCUUAGGCGUGAAGCCACAGAACGAAGCUGCACCGGACAUCGGCUGGAAGCGUUUUCCUCACAUGAUGAGACGAAUUACAGAUUUCUACUCCUCGACUCUUCUGUCUGUCUUGUCUGUUUUUGGUUUCCUGUGUGGAGUGAUGUGACUGUUGGCCCAGCUCUGCAGGGCUUCACCACAACUUUGUAUAAGUCCACCAGUUCAUCCCCGCCAGGCCGCCCAGUGAACCCAGUUCUGCUGAGUUGGGUGUUUCCGGGCCCUACACACACGUUGUACAGAAACGGCAGAUUAGUCCCGUGUUCCAUUACGGAAAACAGUAAUAUGGAAGCUUUUUUAUCUUCUACGUUUGGUUUUCUUUUUAGCUCUUUGGUGAUAAAACAGUGUUUUAUUUGUGUCACACUUUUAGUUGGAGCUGAGUGGCGGAACCGGGACGCUUAGAGACGAGCCUCGUCUUGCUUUUGUGACAGGAGCCUUCUAAAUAAACUAUUUUAAUAAAGAGCA